CUCUUAUGCAGGUGCUCUUCUUUGGAUUUGGGUGGCUAUUCUUCAUGCGCCAGCUCUUCAAGGAUUAUGAGGUGCGGCAGUAUGUUGUGCAGGUGAUCUUCUCCGUGACUUUCGCCUUCUCUUGUACCAUGUUUGAACUCAUAAUCUUUGAGAUUUUGGGAGUGCUGAAUAGCAGCUCUCGUUAUUUUCACUGGAAACUCAAUCUCUUUGUCAUUUUGCUCAUCCUGGUCUUCAUGGUACCUUUCUACAUUGGCUACUUUGUUGUGAGCAACAUCAGAUUAUUGCACAGACAGAAACUGCUUUUUGCUUGUGUACUGUGGCUGACAUUCAUGUAUUUCUUCUGGAAGUUGGGGGAUCCAUUUCCCAUACUCAGCCCAAAACAUG